CAUAUAUAUAAGAGCCGAAACCCAAACCUUAAGCGGGAGUUGUGAGAAGUGUGUUUCUCUUCUCUCAUACUCGGCCGUAGCCCUGCUCUCAUCACCGUCUUCUGCUUCUGUAGCCGAUCAUCUUCUCCUUCGCCGGUCGUACUAGCCGGAUUCGAAACCAGUCCACUGUACAGAACCACACGCCGCUGAGGCUUUGUCUCAUCUUUCCAUCAUUCUUCCUCUUUUUGGUUCCAAAAUCAAUGGCUUUAAAACUCACCGCCACCCCCGAUUCUGAUGUCGUGGCCGUGGUCACUAACCUCACCGUGUUCAUCGACACCAGCCUCGACACUCACCUCGCCAUGGUCGUCUCUGAACUUGACACCGCUUCCGACCUCAAAAGGAAGAUAGAGAAAGAACACACAUCGUGCUUCACAAAUGUUGGGCAGAUAGUGGUUCAUGCUAUCAAGGUAAAACGCCUUGGACAACUCUAUCACUUACCAGAUUCUAUGCUUGUAAUUGAUGCUCUUGACAGGGCCAAGAAGACAUGGUUUCUUAGUGUUGAUGCUUCUGUUGUAAAGAAGUAUCAUGAGGAACAACUUGUCCAAAAUCCUGAAUCCAACAACCAAUUAACUUGCUAUGGCUUCAUCUCUAAUACUUUAGCUGAUGUCAGUUUUGUUCCCGAACAAGAGACCCCAGUGGCACAUAUCAAUUGCAGAAGUGAUGCCUCGAAGCACAAAACUGUUGAGCAAGACAACAUUUUAGUUGCAGAAGCUUCACAAUCUGGUGAAGUUGCAAAUAGAAAGCGCAAGUUUGAACAUUUGCAAGAAACAAAUGUUGAUUCUUGUAAAGAAACCAAUAAGCCAGAAAUUGUAUCACAGAAAUUGUUUGGCAGCACCAAAAGUGAUGUAGCUAAGCAAGGUAGUUUUGAGCCGCACAACAAGUUAGUUGAAGAAGAAUUGCAAUCUGAUCAAAUUGCAAAAAGACGCAAGAUGGGACAUUUACAAGAAAAAAAUAUUUAUUCUGGUAAAGAGACCUCUAAACCAGAGUUUGUAUCUAAGGAAUUGUAUCUCACCACCAAAAGUGAUGCAUCUAAGAAUGAAAUUCUGGAGCAGAGCAACCUGUUAGUUGAAGAAGCUUCGCAAUUUGAUCAAGCUGCAAGAAGAAAAGACAAGAUUGGACAUUCACAGAAAGAAAAUAUUGACUCUGUUAAAGAGAUCCGUAAACUAGAAGUUGUAUCUCAGCACCCUUUAGAGGACAAGAAUAAAUAUGAAAAUGCUACCUUAGAUGGUUUAACUGCCAAGCCUACAGAUGAUGUCCGUGCAGUUAGUAAUGACUCAAGAAAAAAGAAGAAAAAGGGAAAGAAAUCAACAAGUAAACUUAAUCAAGUAGUUUCUGAAGUUCCAUCUUUGAUGAAUAAUGUUUUAGGGGAGCAUUAUGAUAUCGCCGCAGAAGUUGACCAUAAAAAGUUAGGUGAGGAGCCUGGCAUUGCAUCUGCUACUUUACAAGAUGAACGUGCCAUAACUCUUCUGGAGGUCUCUACAAAAGAGAAGCAGUCUGAUAUCAUCCCAGGAGCAGACGAUGUCAAUGUAGUGAGUAAUGAGAAGAAUACGAAUGAAAAUGCUUCUUUGGAUGAUUUAACUGCCAAGCCUACAGAUGAUGUCCAUGCAGUGAGUAAUGACACAGGAAAAAAGAAGAAAAAGGGAAAGAAAUCAAAAAGUAAACUCAAUCAAAUAGUUUCUGGGGUUCCAUCUUUGGGGAAUGAUGUUUUAGGGGAGCAUUAUGGCAUCACUGCAGAAGUUGACCACAAAAAUUUAGGUGAGGAGCCUAGCACUGCAUCUGCCCCUUUACAAGGUGAAUGUGUUAUAACUCCUCCGGAAGUCUGUCCGAAAGAGAAGCAAUCUGAUAUCAUCCCAGGAGCAGAUGAGAUCCAUGUAGUGAGUAAUGACAAGAAUAAAAAUGAAAAUGCUUCUGUGGAUGGUUUAACUGCCAAGACUACCGAUGAUGUCCAUGUAGUGAGUAACGAGACAGGAAAAAAGAAGAAAAAGGGAAAGAAAUCAAAAAGUAAACUUAAUCGAGUAGUUUCUGGGGUUACAUCUUCGGGGAAUGAUGUUUUAGGGGAGCAUUAUGACAUCACUGCAGAAGUUGACCAUAAAAACUUAGGUGAGGAGCCUGGCACUGCAUCUGCUCCUUUACAAGGAAUAACUCCUCCAGUAAUUUCUACAAAAGAGAAGCAAUUUUAUAUCGUCCCAGGAGCUGAAAAACAUGCGAUCCCAGUAUUAGAUGUCGAAAAUAAAAGUAAAGCAUCUGUAGAGGAAGCAAUUGGUGCAGCAGACAAAAUGAGAAAUUCAAAGAGUCGUUGUCCUGCUGAUGCUAAAGGGAAUACUUCUCUUGCUGUGGGAGAGCCCUUUGAUCAGCAAAUGGAUGUUCGUGAAUCUGGGCAUAAGAAUUCUGCGCUUAGUUGGGAUGGAGGAGCUGCAGAAGAGAAUACAGCCUCAAAGAAAAGCACAGUGCGGUCAAACAAGCCUAACUCACAUAUCCAGGAUAGAACUGAGGUAACAAUACAAAAUGUAAAUGUCAGUACUGAUUUUUGCGGUGAAAAUGGAACUGGUGUACUUUCAAACUCUAGUAAAAAGAGAAAAACUAGAAAGACCAAGGAUUCUGUUGGAAAAACUGUGGUCACAUCAGGUAAAGAAGGUCUGGGGGAGCCUGAGCCUAAUAUAAUUGUUCAACCUUUUGAAGCAAAUUACAGUGAACAGCCUGGCAAUCAGGCUAAGAAUAAGGAGGAGAGUACUUUGUCUCAAAGAAAUGAGAAAGCAGGAUCGAAAAUGAACACAGAGAAUACUUUUUUGGCUAAGAAAGAUGAAGACCUAACUGAAAUUGAGGUGAAGAACAUGCAGCAAGCCAGCAAACAUCAGGGUAAAGCUGAAAAUGUGGAAAACCAAGUGAAAAAAGAAUCUAAAAGGAAACGAAAGUCAUCAGAAAAGAACCUUCCUAAUAUGCAAUUAGAGGAUCAAAUGUCUACCCAAAGACCUGAUGCUAAAGUUAAUAAUCAGAUUAAAAGUUCUGAAGUGGGAAAUCAAGAUAACUUGGAAAAACCUUUGCCGGAAGUUGUUGCCACUAGUGGGGCCCCUGCUGCCAUGAUGUCCAGAGCAAAGAGAGCAGCUUAUAUUCUUAACUUCAAGGAAGAUAAUAAAAAUGAUGGGCAUUUAGAUGGAAAUUCAUCCAAUUUGCAGAGUUCCCUGAAGUCAAAUGAUAAGCAAGAGACUGAAGACAAAGGUCCAGCUAGAAAUGCUAGCACCAUCUCUCCGCAAGGAUCUAUAUCAAAUGAUAAGCCUGAUGAAUCAAUAGUUCAGCCUGUGAAGAAGCAAUCAAAAGCUUCUAGAAAUGGGACUAAAGCUCCUGUGUCUAAUAUGUCGGAUAAGGUAAAUUUGAUUCCUAAAGAAACCAGAAGCCACAAUGUUGCAGAUGCUGUUCAUUUGGAGAAAAAUACCAAUUCUGUUUCAGUUACGGUUUCUAAGGCUACCUCUCAAAGAUCAAGGAUUAUGACUAAGCAAAAUAUACAGGGUAACAAGCAAUGGACAGGUGUGGAUUCCAAUCAUGCAGCUAAUGGAAAGAAGUACAAUGGAGAAAUCUUGAACAGCUCAGAACUAAAGAAAAAAUUAAUAGGUACACCAGGGUCAAUUUUCAAGGAUGAUGAUGAUGAUGAUGAUGGGAGUUCUGAAGAUGAAGAAGUGGUGGGUUCAGAUAGCAGCACCAGAAGUCCAUCAGAUCACUUGACCUCAGACUCAGAUUACUCAGAUGGGGAGAGCAAUGCAAAUAUGAAAACGCCGCGCAAUGGAUCUUAUAACUCGGCGAAAAGUGAAGGGAGAAACAUCAAGAAUUCGCAUCUUUCGAGUGCAAAGAACAUGGCUCUUGAUCAGAUCCUCAGAAGCUCAAGCAGAUAUAAGAUAGCCAAACAAACAGCAGCCCAGUUACACCUGGAGGAAGAGAGUCAGCAAGUUGAAGUUGUUCCAGACAGUCAAGCCAAUCAAUAAAAUACUUAUUUUGACCCUUUUUGGUUGAAUUCAAGAGUGUGAGAUUUGCUCUUCUUUUAGGGCGAUUUUCUAUGUCAUUCCAUUUGGCAUUCCGGCGUUGUAGAUUACGUCCAAUUUUGAUAUGUUAUUGUUGUUGUGGAGGUAAAUUCCAAAUUAAUGACUUUAGGAUUAAUCUUUAUCUUAUAUUUAAUUAAUUAUUUGAUUAAUAGUGGGUCCAAGUCCAAUCCAAAGUUAGAGGACAUUAUUAGCAUUGGCCGUAAUUAAUGCAAUAGUAUCACGAAAUUCCUUUUUGUCCCUUAAAGUAUUAACAAAUUCCCUCUUUGCUUACA